CAGACCAGCCAUGGCAGCCGAUCGGACUGAGGCGGACGAACUGAAUUCAUCGGAUCCGGGGUUGUUCCUGGACCACGGCGGUUCCAUCCCGAAGAGGCACGCCCGGGUCACCGUGAAGUACAACCGGAGGGAGCUGCAGAGGCGGCUGGACGUGGAGAAGUGGGUCGAUGAGAGCCUGGACCGGCUGUACUCGGGUCAGGAAGGGGAUAUGCCAGACGAGGUGAACAUUGAUGACCUGAUUGACCUGCCUAAUGAUGAGGAGCGAGUCAAAAAGUUACAGGAGCUUCUUCGAAGGUGCAGUAACAACACAGAGACCUUCAUCAGAGAGCUGGUGGCGAAGCUGGAGGGAGUUCACAAGCAGGACGAGCUGCAGAGUGAGGGCAUCGAGCAUCCGGUCAUCUGCCACAGCCACCCCCGCCACGAGCCCUACCACUUUAACAACCCACAACACUCCCAGCACACCCGAGGCCAGAACCAGACUCUCUGACGCCGCCCCCCACCCCCCAUCCGUGCACUUCAACCGUGACACAGUGCACUUGCUGCCAUGACGCGACAACAGAAAACAACAGGUCUGUUGUACUGUGGAAGGCAAAGAAGGAAAAGAAUUGCCCUAAAAAUCUCACUAAUUAAGAUGUUUUAUCUUGUGGAGUCACUGCUACUGCAACUUCACAGUGAUGAUGAAGCUUGAGGAAGUCACUGCUCCUGACUGAGAAAUAGUCCUGCACAUAGCCAACAGUUUUUACUUUGCGCAUAAUGUCAAACUAUUCCUUUAACCACUUAAAAUAAAAGCUAUUUGUGACAUUUCUCAUGAGUGGAUAAUAGAGUGCUGCAGGAAUGAGUCCUAGACCUCCUGAAGAGGUUAGCAUAGAUGCUAAUAGCAUCAGUUAUAUCAGAAUUGGAGAGUAUUUCUUCAUUGAAAGAAGAGCAAAGAACGACACUGAAGUAUUUUCUUGAUAGAAUAGAGGUUUUCGCUCUUCUACCGACUUAAUGCAGUUUGAUUGACAGGUGGUUCAUCCAAUCACCUGCCAGGUAUUUCUGGUGCCUAUCCUUUGCCAGGCAGUUUCCAAUGACUGCUAUUCAGAUGGUUCGUUGCAACAAACCAUCUGGCAGGUCAAGAUUUUGUAUUCAGUCAGAACGAGUGACGAACUAGUAUAGCAAAGGAUGUGGUAUAAACAAACACAGGACUUUGGUCCAGGAGACCUCGGUUUGAGUCCUCUAUGAAACCAAAAGAAUGCAAUGAUUUUACCAUUGUUACGUAGAGUUGUUAUGCUUGUUACGUAAUAUAAUGUGGAAUUCUAGUUGUUAUUUGUUUACGCUAAUUACGUCGUUACGUUACUUUAUUAUUUGAACGCAAACCAUGAUCUUUUUUCUAAGCUUAACCAAGUAGUUUUGUUGCCUAAACCUAACCAAUGGUUCCACAAUGUUAGACAAUUUGUUAUUGUGCAUUUCUACAAGCGUGAUACGAGGUUGAUAAAAAACAAUUUAAUAAAACUUAGUUUAGUAUCAGAAACGUCAACAUUCAUCGUAUCCAGUGUUUUGCAAAAACAUACAAUGGCGAAAAAUCUUCUGCCGACUGGGUUGGCCAGAAAUCAGUUCUGUAACCACAUUUCACUUUUUGUAGUGCAAUAUUAAAUUCGUCAGCUUUUAUGUCGAGGGAACUUCCUGGGUGGCCUACAAAAUACAUCAUUCCUCCAGCACUCUAUAGGCCAAGGAUAAGACAUGAAAUAGUAGUAAAGUCUAUAGAUGGUCUUAGAGUAUGGGCUUCACUCUCCAGAUGACAUUUAUCACAAAUAGUCAGUAAACAUACAAAAAUAAAUGUGUCAUAGGAAUAUUCAUUUUCCCACUCACAGUAUUCCCAAAAGACAAAUAGUUUUUGAAGCACCAAAACUUGUGACUCUCACUUUUACUUGAAUGGAACAAGCUGUCAUUAUUUUGCUCUUUAUCAACACAUAUAAGAUGCACAUCUGUCUUAUUUAACAUCUGUUAGAUUAUGACGGUCAUGAAUGUUAUUUAUUAUCAUGAUUACAGGACACGGAGAUAGACCCAACAAACCACUAUGUUGUGACACCGAUGCAUUGCAUACGCACUGUAGCUUUGUAAUAUUUCACUGUAAUUCAUCCCUUCUGUUUUUGAGAUGUGUUACUACAUUUUGAUUUUGUAGAGACACUAGUC